AUGGAUGCAAUGUUAUUUUGUCUAGCUUUUCUCUUGACCACUGCCAAGGGGUUCCUCGUGCCGCCGCCUUCUGACCAGAAGCCGCUACAUCCAAUUGCCGACGCCGGGACGAUUCCUAUCGGCCCCUCAGGGAACCAGUGGUUUUAUUCCCCAGAGACGAAAUCAUAUGACUUGACACGGGGCGACACAAAAAACAAGCCAUUCUCCUUCUCGACCACUGAGGGGGCUUCCAAUGUCACGGUAGUUAUCGCGCCAGAGCUAACUACACUCAUUGUCAUCGACAUGCAAAAUUACUUUCUCGAUCGGACUUGCAAUGACCACCCCAGCGGUAUUGUUGCAGCUCACAAAACUGUCGAGCUUGUCAAGAAAUGUAGAGACCUUGAUAUAAAGGUCAUUUGGCUCAACUGGGGCCUGACCGACGCAGAUCUGGAUAAGAUACCUGCGGCCCAGAUGCAUAGUUUUAGACAAGGCUUUGCCAAUCCCCUCUCCCCACCACAUGAUGAACGCUGCGGCUUUGGCUGCGACCUUGGAAAUAAAAGGGGGAGGGUUCUCAUGCGAAAUGAGUGGAAUUCACAACUAUAUGAACCGUUGCUCAAAGUUGCCAAACCAGAAGAUGAUUUAUUUAUAAACAAGAAUCGAGUUUCGGGUCUGUGGAGUGACGAUAAGGCGUUUUCCCAGAUCCUCGAGAAGGAUAAACGCCAAACACUUCUCUUUGCCGGCGUGAACACCAACCAAUGCGUUCUUGGUACCCUCCUAGACGCAUACUACCGAGGUUAUGACUGCAUCUUAGUUGAAGAUUGCUGCGCAACAAACACUCCGGGAGGACAAGAUGUUUCCAUCUUAGACAUAUGGAGAAACUACGGAUUUGUCACCACCAGUUCGGCGCUCCAAGCAGGCCGACUAGGGUGA